CAACGCUCUCCCCUUGAGGCCACGACUACUGUACCAGUAGUACCUCCCCUACUACUACUAGGCUCAUGCAUCGUCUAGAUCGGUCGGGAAUCUGAAUGCAACAUCAUAAAGUACUAGCCGCGGUCCAGCACAGCCGACAGCUUCAAGGUUCUGACACACACGGGGAAGAGCAGGGGAUCAUGGGGACAGACACAAAACACAAACUAUGGAGCUUGUCCAGCUGCCCCGACAUGACAGCAGUUAGUACAGUAAGCAGACUAGAUUCACUACGUACCUAUAGCCAAGGAGAGAUAUAUGAACUAAUUGAAUCCACAAUUUCAGAGAUUCCCACCCCGAUGACGGCAUAAGAAGCCUCUAGAGUCCAAGGGAUUCGCAGUUCAUGAUUCAAGAAAAGCGAUCGGAAAGUCUUGGUCGCGGGCUAAGCCCAGUUCCGCUUUUGUUGGGAUUUCCACCGUCAAUAGC